AAACAGUUGCAAAAUGUAUAACAAAAUGCUGUCGAUCAGUGAAGAUCAUGGAUUCCGUUCGCUGAGUCAUUCCGACUCCACAGUGAACGAUGCCGUGGCCGCACAGGACAUACUCACGUGCGGUGCCUGCCAAAAGACUUUCGCCCUCUCCGACAUUGUCAAGUUCAUCCAGCACAAGGUGCUGCAGUGCAACAAAGAGAACUAUGGCCAAUGCACGACACAGGGUCCAACCAUGGAUCGUGAUGCCGAAGAAGGACGUCCCUUGAGUUUGGUCAAUCGACGUCCAUCGAUAUCGGCGCCCAUCACAGGCCGCAAAUCGGCUCCAGUGGUAUCCACGACAACAGCCUCCACAGCCUCAGCCACAGCAGCAGCGGCGGCAGUCUCAGCGGCGGCCACAGCAGCAGCAGAUGCCUCGGCAGCAGCAGCCGCCGCCGCCGCUGCCGCUGCCGCCAGUGGCUCAUCCAGGAUACACACACCGCCACCCAGUCCGGCUGAUCUGUUGGCCGAUGGAGCCAGCAGUACACCCAAACGUCUCGUAGAUGAGAAUGACAAUACGACACCAAAAGACAGUGAAGCCGCCGCCGCCGCCGCCGGCGCUGGCGUCACUUUAGAAUCCACCACAGUUAGUGGCAACAGUCCAAUUAGUUGUACCACCAGCAACCAUCCGGCAAAUAAGGCAGACAGCAGGGACAGCAGUUGUGAGCUGGAUGAUGAGGAUGAUGAUGAUGACAUGGACACAGAUAGGGCCACCAAGGUUAAAGAGGAGCCAUUCGGGGAUGAUGAUGACGAUGAGCGGGUUCAUUCGGUUGGUUUGGAUUGCCCACCACUGGCCAAGCGACCCAAAAUGGAGCUUGUCGAUGCUGAAGCCAAUACAGUGCAUACAGAGCCCAGCAACUACACCUGCUCCACAUGCAAGACCCGCUACACAUCCGCCUGGCGUCUGAUCCAACAUGUCCAGCAUUCGCAUGGCGUGAAAAUCUAUGUGGAGGCCACUGGAGGAGCCACAUUGACGGUGGCCACACCGGCUAGCCUCAAUAGCAAUGCAUUGGCUGUGGCCGCCGCCGCUGCUGCAGCAGCUGCCGCCGCGGCUGCCGAAUCCCCCACAAGGAGUUGCAGUCCGGUGACAGUUAAUCCGGUGUCAGCGGCAGCAGCUGUGGCUGCCCAAUCCCUACAUUCCCUCAAGCGUAGCAGUCCGGCGGCCUUGUGUUCCAGCUCCUCGUUGUCAUCUGUAAAUACCAGCGGUAGUAGCAAUGUAAGCGCCACAUCUCCCCAAGGAGUGCAACAAAUUCAGCAACAUCAACUGCAACAGCAGCAGCAGCAGCAGCAGCAACAACAACAGCAACAACAACAACAAGCGCAACAACAACGUGUCCAACAACAAAACUUGGCCUCGGCCAUGGCCGCUGGCAUGAGGCAUCAUCAUCCAUUGUUGCCCCCACCAGAGGCCAUGCAUGCCAAUCCCUUCCAGCUGCUGCGUAUGCCAUUGCCGCCGGCAUUGGCCCAAGGUAAUGUAGUUCCUAGUGUGUCGCCUCUGUUCGGUCGUCCGACGCCAGCGGAUCACUAUCGCAUGGAGCAGCUGGUUACCGAGCAGUUCCGUCAUCAUGGCUUCAAUUUGGCAGCAGCCGCUGCUGCCGCCCAGGCCCAGUUCAAUGCAAAUGGCAAUGUUAAUGUCAAUGUGAAUGUUCCUAAUCCCGCCGAGCAGCGGCCACCCUCCAGUUGUAGCAAUAGCAGCCAGAGAGGAUCUGUACCGCCGGCCAAUUUGCCGCCGCCAUCGUUGAGCAAUCAGCAACAACAGCAGCAGCAACAGCAGCAACAACAGCAGCAACAACAAUCCCAGCAGCAGCAACAGCAAUCCCAACAGCAGCAACAACAAUCCCAAGCGCAAUCCGGACAACCGGGCACACCGGGCUUAGCCGGAGCCGGCAGCAAUGCAUUGAAAUUGGAAUCACAGCAGAUGGAUUUUUACUCGCAGCGAUUGCGUCAGCUUGCGGGCACAACAAGCCCUGGAGCUGGCAACAUUGUUAACUCGAGCUCGCCGAGUCCCCGACAAAAGCAAUCGCCGCAUUUCGCGAGCCCAUCGCCCAGCAGCCAGCAUCAGCAUCAGCAACAGCAGCAGCAGCAACAACACUCACAUCAAUCGCGUCCGCAUUCGCUGACGCCGCCCGAGAAGGCCAGUGAGACGGGCUCGGAGAACGGGGGUCUGGGUACACCGAGAUCGGCCAGCACACCGCCAUCGAAGCCGGGAUCGGGUGCCGAUCAGGCCAGCUGUUAUGCCUGCAGCUAUUGCGACAAGAAGUUCCGUUUCGAGAACAAUCUGAUCAUCCAUCAGCGGACGCACACGGGCGAGAAGCCGUACAAGUGCACCGCCUGUGACUUUGAGUGCUCGCACAUACAGAAGCUGAUGAAGCACAUGCGUGUCCAUCGCAGUCCCGCCGAGAGCCAAGAUGGCCAGGAUGGUCCCGACAAUCAGGACGGCGGCAGCAAUGCCGAUUCCCUGGAAACGAACGAGGCCGAUCACGAUGAGGAUCCGAACCCAGAGGAGUCCGAAGAGGAUGAGGAUGUCGAUGGUGAUGUGGAUGCCGAUGCCGAUCUGGACGAGGACGAUGACGAAGAGCUCGAAGAUUGCGACGAUAUGAAAUACGAGGCCGAAGAUCUGAGUGUCAACAAUCGCAUCGAUGGCAAGAGUCAGAGCCCCAAGACCACCAGCUCGGGUGCUACCUCUCUAGUGGGUGAGCUGAUGGAUAAAUUCGGUUUGUCCAACAUUGCCCAGUACAGUGAGGCCUACAAGCAGGCUCUGCAAGAGUCCGGCCGUAAGGAUGCCUCUGCCGUGGCAGCUGCUGCCGCCGCUGCAGCGGUCGUUGCGGACAAUAAUAAUCGUGUGUCGGGUUCGGGAUCAGGUUCCGGUGCUGGAUCAACACCAAAUGGCCUGCCCGCGGCGGCGCUUCGUCUGCGGGAUGAAUUCGCCAAGAACUGCAAUAUGUUCCAGCAACCGCAGGAGGCCACCGGACCAGCUCAGGUGCCGCUCUUCAAUCCCUUCCCCAAUCCCUUCGAACUGUCCAAGCGCAUGAAAAUGGAUGGCGGCGAUUGGUGGGGCAUGUCUGCCCUCCAUCGCAACGAGACCCUCUUCGAGAACCUCAAGCUGAAGCCCCUGGGUCUGGGUGGGGCCAACUCAUUGCUGCAGGGCCCCCUGCUGAAGAAGGAGAGUCGCCAGCGGAACGACACUUGCGAAUUCUGCGGCAAGGUCUUCAAGAAUUGCUCCAAUCUGACGGUCCAUCGACGCAGUCACACCGGUGAGAAGCCCUACAAGUGUGAGCUGUGCUCCUAUGCAUGCGCCCAGAGCUCCAAGCUGACCCGCCACAUGAAGACCCACGGACGGACGGGCAAGGAUGUGUAUCGCUGCCGGUUCUGCGAUAUGCCAUUCAGUGUGCCCUCCACCCUGGAGAAGCAUAUGCGAAAAUGUGUGGUCAAUCAGGGUAAGGCAGCGGCGGCAAAUGCCGUGGCGGCGGCCCAAGCAGCCCAGGCGGCUGCCCAACAGAUCCAGGCGGCGGCCCAACAGGCCCAGCAGCAACAACAACAACAGCAACAGCAACAGCAAAUGCCAGCCCAAGCUCAACUCUCACCCCCCUGCCCGCCCAUGGGUGUGGGUUAUCCACCGCAAUUUGUGGCCGGACUCUCGCUGCCCGGCAGUGUGAGCGGCGACAAUGACUCGAAUGCCUCGUCCAGCCUGAAUGCCCAUCCCAUAUCGCUUAAGGAGGAGGCAUGACUUUUUAGCAGCUGGAGCAGCGGGCCACCGCAUCCGCAACUGCAUCACCACCACCUCCACCCACAUCACCACCAUCAGCUACAACAACAACAACAGCAACAACAACAACAACAACAACAACCCACCCAUUUGCAGCAGGCACAAACCCAGCCACAGCCGCAUCCCCUCCAGCUGAGGCCACGUAGCCGCCUCAUGUCGCGAAUCUUUUAAAGAUCUUCGCCUGUAAAUAAAAUGAGAGACAUUCUUUGAUCCCUUUCCCGCUUGACCACCACAACACACCCCCGCCCCCGCCCCCGCUAGUCCCUGCUAGCAUACCCUGAUAGAGUCCUGCCUAGUUACGGUUAUGAUCCUUUCUUAAAGAGAGAUACCAACGCCACGCCCAGCUGCACUUCAGCCAAGCUCCUUCAAACGACCAGAGGCAUUUAAAUACCAAAGCAAUA